UGAGAAAACUGGACACGUUUUAGCAGAGGAUGGUUUCGAUCCAUCGACCUCUGGGUUAUGGGCCCAGCACGCUUCCGCUGCGCCACUCUGCUAGCACUACACCCCAGAUGGGACUCGAACCCACAAUCCCUGGCUUAGGAGGCCAGUGCCUUAUCCAUUAGGCCACUGGGGCUCUGGCACCACAACAACAGGCCUCUCUCACAGCUUUUUAAAAGCUAGGCCUUUCGUCUCUCAUGCUCAGGACACAAAAACACGUAUGGAUUUGGGAGGACUUACACCUGAAAAUCACUUCAGCAAGUCUGAACUGACAAUUAGCGUCUCACACAAAGCAGAGCCAGCCUGUGUGUACGCUACAUUUCAUUUCCCUCACUGCUUAAAUGCAGAGCACAACAUCAGUGAUGUUUGCCUCCAGAUAAAACAAGCCUUCCCGCAUUGCUCUUACGAAACGACCUGUUUAGAGCCCUGUUUAGCCAAGCUUUCGCAUGUUAAUACUUUCAGUAAAUCCACACCUUUCAGAGGCCUUCUCCUCUCAUGUCAUGUAGCAGCCAACUUUACUCACCUGACUUGACACACUUAGAAAAUGACUGGGGUGAUGUCACACACUUUCUCUUUACUGACACUCACUGGACAACUGCGGUAAUGACAGGAAAGUUCAGGAACUCACUGGAAGUAAAACAGGCUUCUUUAUAAAGCCUGAGCAGCUCACAGCGCUCAGGUCAAAUCAAAGAGAGCUGCUACGCUAUCUGACAGAGCAAUCAAGAGUCAACACAACCGUAGAAGAGAAUGUUGAGUCUGUACGGCUUACAGCCUUCAUUCAGCCCAUUCAUGGACAUUCCCUGGCCUGUGCGCAGUCUGUGGCCUGAGGUUGUUCCUCUUUACCAUCACAGAGAUGCACUGCUGAAAAACAUGCAGGGCAUAGAGACUACUUUGAAGCUUUUGGAGAAACUUCAGCACGAGAUCUUUCAGAAAGUCUCCCAGACCGCCGCCUCUGACGUGGUCCAGCCGCUCUCCUACGCAGUGGAGAAAGAGGGAGGUGGUUUUGCCUUGACCCUGGAUGCUAAAGGCUUCUCCCCCGAGGAACUGUCCGUCAAACAGGUGGGAAGGAAGCUGCGCGUCUGCGGGAAGACAGAGAAGAGAGAGGAAGAUGGGAAAGGAUCUUACUCACACAGAGUCCAGGAGUUCAGGCGGGAGUUUGUCUUGCCGGAAGGAGUGAAUCCAGAGGCGCUGAGCUGCUCCCUGGCUGAUGGAAAACUAUUCAUUCAGGCACCAAACACACAGCAGUCUGAAAAACCUGACAGAGUGCUAACCAUCGACAGCAGUCAAGCUGGUGAGAUAGCUCGGUCAGAAACCACACAGACCCAGGACAGCACCACUGAAACACAGAGAGCAGCGGAGCAAAAGCUUGGCUGAAGAGAGCGAGAACGUCUGUAGCAGAAUUGUACGGCUCCGCGUGUAGGGCCAGUGCGGCAACUUUUUUAUCUGUCCAUUGGAAAUAUAAUGACGUAGAUAUACUGUUUUUAAGCCUCUUAUAAUGUCUACUUCUCCUGUGCUUCGUUUCUUUGUUUGUACAAUUUUGUUAUGCAAUUUGUACUAGAGUUGUAAAAAAAGUCUUCAAAAAUAAAGACAAUUUCAUUUCGCUA